GGCGAGGUCCCCGUGAGCGGCCUGAGCCCGAGGCACGCGACUGCUCGGCCCCACCCGGCCUGCCCCGCCCGGCCCGCGGCUCCCGGGACCCAUCGUAGCGCUGGCCGGGGUCGCCGCCACCGCCAUGGCGGCGUCCGAGCUCUACACCAAGUUUGCCAGGGUUUGGAUUCCUGAUCCUGAGGAAGUUUGGAAGUCAGCAGAACUGCUCAAAGAUUACAAGCCAGGAGACAAAGUACUCCUGCUCCACCUUGAGGAAGGAAAGGAUUUAGAAUACCGUCUAGAUCCAAAGACCAAGGAACUGCCUCACUUACGGAACCCGGAUAUUCUUGUCGGUGAAAAUGACCUCACAGCCCUCAGCUAUCUGCAUGAGCCUGCUGUGCUCCACAACCUCAGAGUUCGCUUUAUUGAUUCCAAACUUAUUUAUACAUACUGUGGUAUAGUGCUUGUAGCUAUAAACCCCUAUGAACAGCUGCCUAUUUAUGGGGAAGAUAUUAUCAAUGCAUACAGUGGUCAAAACAUGGGUGACAUGGAUCCACAUAUCUUUGCGGUAGCUGAAGAAGCUUACAAACAAAUGGCCAGAGAUGAACGAAAUCAGUCCAUCAUUGUAAGCGGAGAGUCUGGGGCAGGAAAAACAGUCUCCGCGAAGUAUGCCAUGCGAUACUUUGCAACUGUAAGUGGCUCUGCCAGUGAAGCCAAUGUUGAGGAAAAGGUCUUGGCCUCCAACCCCAUCAUGGAGUCAAUUGGAAAUGCUAAGACAACCAGGAAUGAUAACAGCAGCCGUUUUGGGAAGUACAUUGAGAUUGGUUUUGAUAAACGAUAUCGAAUCAUUGGUGCCAAUAUGAGGACUUACCUUUUAGAGAAAUCCAGAGUGGUGUUCCAGGCAGAAGAGGAGAGAAACUACCAUAUCUUCUAUCAGCUUUGUGCCUCAGCAAAGUUACCUGAAUUUAAAGUGCUGCGAUUAGGAAACGCAGAUAGUUUUCACUACACAAAGCAUGGGGGCAGUCCUGCGAUCGAAGGGGUCGAUGAUUCCAAGGAGAUGGCACAUACCAGGCAGGCCUGCACUUUGCUGGGAAUUAGUGAAUUGUAUCAGAUGGGAAUUUUCCGAAUACUUGCUGGCAUUCUUCACUUAGGCAAUGUUGAAUUUGCACCUCGAGAUUCAGACAGUUGCAAAAUACCUCCCAAGCAUGAGCCUCUCAGCAUCUUCUGUGACCUCAUGGGUGUGGACUAUGAGGAGAUGUGUCAGUGGCUUUGCCACAGAAAGCUUGCUACAGCUACAGAAACAUACAUCAAGCCCAUCUCUAAGCUACAUGCCACAAAUGCUCGAGAUGCUCUGGCCAAGCACAUUUAUGCCAAACUCUUUAACUGGAUUGUAGAUCACGUCAAUCAGGCUCUCCACUCUGCUAUCAAACAGCAUUCUUUUAUUGGUGUGCUAGACAUUUAUGGAUUUGAAACUUUUGAAAUAAAUAGUUUUGAACAGUUUUGUAUCAAUUAUGCAAAUGAAAAGCUACAGCAACAGUUUAAUAUGCAUGUCUUCAAAUUAGAACAAGAAGAAUAUAUGAAGGAGCAAAUUCCAUGGACUCUUAUAGAUUUUUAUGAUAAUCAGCCUUGCAUUAACCUAAUAGAAUCUAAACUGGGCGUUCUAGAUUUGCUGGAUGAGGAAUGCAAGAUGCCAAAAGGUACAGAUGACACCUGGGCCCAAAAAUUGUACAACACACACUUGAACAAAUGUGCACUUUUUGAAAAGCCCCGUCUGUCAAACAAAGCUUUCAUCAUCCAACAUUUUGCUGACAAAGUGGAAUACCAGUGUGAAGGCUUUCUGGAAAAGAAUAAAGACACUGUGUUUGAAGAACAAAUCAAAGUCCUUAAAGCAAGCAAGUUUAAGAUGCUACCAGAGUUAUUUCAAGAUGACGACAAAGCCACCAGUCCAACAUCAGCCGCCUCUACAGGACGCACGCCCCUCAGCCACCAUUCUGCGAAGGCUGCCAAAGGCCGGCCAGGCCAGGUGGCCAAAGAACAUAAGAGGACAGUGGGGCACCAGUUCCGAAACUCCCUUCAUCUGCUUAUGGAGACACUGAAUGCCACUACCCCUCAUUAUGUACGCUGUAUUAAGCCUAAUGACUUCAAAUUCCCCUUCACAUUUGAUGAGAAGAGGGCAGUACAGCAGCUGAGAGCAUGUGGUGUCCUGGAAACCAUUCGAAUCAGUGCGGCUGGUUUCCCCUCAAGAUGGACUUACCAAGAAUUUUUCAGUCGCUACCGUGUCCUAAUGAAACAAAAAGAUGUUCUGAGUGACAGAAAGCAAACGUGCAAGAAUGUAUUAGAGAAACUAAUACUGGACAAGGACAAGUACCAGUUUGGUAAGACAAAGAUCUUUUUCCGUGCUGGUCAAGUGGCCUAUCUGGAAAAGCUGAGGGCAGACAAGCUGAGGGUGGCCUGUAUCCGGAUCCAGAAAACCAUCCGAGGGUGGUUGUUGCGGAAGAAGUUCCUCCGCAUGCGCCAGGCGGCCGUCACCGUGCAGAGAUACGUGCGGGGCUACCAGGCCCGCUGCUAUGCUAAGUUUCUGCACAGAACCAAGGCAGCGACUGUCAUUCAGAAGUACUGGCGUAUGUUUGCAAUACAGAAGAAGUACAAGAUUAAACGGUCUGCCACUAUUGCUCUUCAGUCCUAUUUGCGAGGCUACUUGGCAAGAAACAAGUAUCACAAGUUACGCUGUGAACACAAAGCUGUCAUCAUUCAGAAGUGGGUCCGGGGCUGGCUGGCUCGAACCCACUAUAGCAGGAGCCUGCGUGCAAUCAUCUGUCUUCAGUGUUGCUUCCGGCGCAUGAUGGCCAGGCGUGAGCUGAAGAAGCUCAAGAUUGAGGCCCGCUCUGUGGAGCGCUAUAAGAAGCUCCACAUCGGCAUGGAGAACAAGAUCAUGCAGCUGCAGCGCAAAGUUGACGAGCAGAAUAAAGACUACAAAUGCCUCGUGGAGAAACUGACCAAUCUGGAAAGUAUAUACAACUCUGAGACUGAGAAGCUCCGUAAUGACUUAGAACGCCUUCAGUUAAGUGAGGAGGAAGCAAAAGUUGCCACUGGACGGGUUCUCAUUCUGCAAGAAGAAAUCGCCAAGCUCCGGAAAGACCUGGAACAAACACGGUCAGAGAAAAAGUCCAUUGAGGAGUGUGCAGAUAGAUACAAACAAGAGACUGAUCAGCUGGUAUCGAACCUAAAGGAGGAAAAUAUUUUACUGAAGCAGGAAAAGGAAACCCUCAAUCACCUGAUUGUGGAGCAGGCCAAGGAGAUGACAGAGACAAUGGAGAAGAAGUUAGCAGAAGAGACUAAACAGCUGGAGCUUGAUCUGAAUGAUGAAAGACUGAGGUAUCAGAACCUUCUGAAUGAAUUCAGUCGAUUAGAAGAGCGAUAUGAUGACCUCAAGGAAGAAAUGACUUUGGUGAAUGUGCCCAAACCUGGACACAAGAGGACAGAUUCUACUCACAGUAGCAAUGAGUCUGAAUAUACCUUUAGCUCGGAAUUUGCAGAAACUGAAGAUCUUCCACUGAGAACUGAGGAGCCAAGCGAGAAGAAAAUGCCUCUUGACAUGUCAUUGGUCCUAAAACUGCAAAAGCGAGUGAUGGAGCUGGAGCAGGAGAAACAGGCCAUGCGGGGUGAGCUGGAUCACAAGGAGGAGCAGGCACUCCGAAGCAAGACGCAGGAAGAAGAAAGACCACAGAUCAGAGGUGCAGAGCUGGAAUAUGAGUCACUCAAGCGUCAAGAACUAGAAUCAGAAAACAAGAAACUGAAGAAUGAACUAAAUGAGUUGCGGAAAGCCCUGAGUGAGAAAAGUGCCCCUGAGGUGACAGCCCCAGGCGCUCCAGCCUACCGAGUCCUCAUGGAGCAGCUGGCCUCCGUGAGCGAGGAGCUGGAUGUCCGCAAGGAGGAAGUCCUCAUCUUACGAUCUCAGCUGGUGAGCCAGAAAGAAGCCAUCCAGCCCAAGAACACAAUGACAGAGUCUACAUUCCUUCUAGAAGAUGUACAGAAAAUGAAAGACAAAGGUGAAAUAGCUCAAGCGUAUAUUGGUUUGAAAGAAACAAAUAGACCGUCUGCUAUGGAUUGCCGUGAGUUGAAUGAGGAUGGAGAGCUGUGGCUGGUUUAUGAAGGCUUAAAACAAGCCAACAGGCUCCUGGAAUCCCAGCUGCAGUCGCAGAAGAGAAGCCAUGAGAAUGAGGCUGAGUCCCUCCGUGGGGAGAUUCAGAGCCUGAAGGAGGAGAACAACCGGCAGCAGCAGCUGCUAGCCCAGAACCUGCAGCUGCCCCCAGAGGCCCGCAUUGAGGCCAGCCUGCAGCACGAGAUCACACGGCUGACCAAUGAGAACCUAUAUUUUGAGGAAUUAUAUGCAGAUGACCCUAAGAAGUAUCAGUCAUAUCGGAUUUCACUUUACAGACGGAUGAUUGAUUUAAUGGAACAACUUGAGAAACAAGAUAAGACUGUCCGGAAGCUGAAAAAACAGCUGAAAGUAUUUGCCAAGAAAAUUGGUGAACUAGAAGUGGGACAGAUGGUGAGCGUGUCUCCAGGACAGAUCACUGAUGAGCCCAUCCGCCCAGUCAACAUUCCCAGGAAAGAAAAGGAUUUCCAAGGAAUGUUGGAAUACAAGAAGGAGGAUGAGCAAAAACUUGUUAAGAACCUGAUUCUGGAACUGAAGCCUCGUGGUGUAGCUGUCAAUCUGAUCCCAGGGUUACCGGCAUAUAUCCUAUUCAUGUGUGUUAGGCAUGCUGACUACUUGAAUGAUGAUCAGAAAGUAAGGUCAUUGCUGACAUCAACAAUCAACAGCAUAAAAAAAGUAUUAAAGAAAAGAGGUGAUGAUUUUGAAACUGUCUCCUUCUGGCUGUCUAACACAUGUCGAUUUUUGCACUGCCUGAAACAAUACAGUGGAGAAGAGGGCUUCAUGAAACAUAACACGUCUCGCCAGAAUGAACACUGCCUCACCAACUUUGACCUGGCUGAGUACCGGCAGGUACUGAGUGACCUGGCCAUUCAGAUCUACCAGCAGCUUGUGCGCGUGUUGGAGAACAUCCUUCAGCCAAUGAUUGUCUCUGGCAUGCUGGAGCAUGAGACAAUCCAGGGCGUCUCCGGGGUGAAGCCCACAGGCCUGAGGAAGAGGACGUCCAGCAUUGCUGAUGAGGGCACCUAUACACUCGACUCCAUCCUCCGGCAGCUCAACUCCUUCCACUCAGUCAUGUGUCAGCACGGCAUGGACCCUGAACUCAUCAAGCAGGUGGUCAAGCAGACGUUCUACAUUGUGGGGGCCAUUACGCUGAACAAUCUCCUCCUGCGGAAGGACAUGUGCUCCUGGAGCAAAGGCAUGCAGAUCAGGUACAAUGUCAGCCAGCUGGAAGAGUGGCUGCGUGAUAAGAACCUGAUGACUAGCGGAGCAAAAGAGACUCUGGAGCCUCUCAUCCAGGCUGCUCAGCUUCUACAGGUGAAAAAGAAAACAGAUGAUGACGCAGAAGCCAUCUGCUCCAUGUGCAACGCUCUCACUACUGCCCAGAUUGUCAAAGUAUUGAAUCUGUACACUCCAGUCAAUGAAUUUGAAGAAAGAGUCUCUGUAUCUUUUAUCCGUACUAUACAGAUGCGCCUACGAGACCGAAAAGACUCUCCUCAGCUGCUUAUGGACGCUAAACAUAUCUUUCCCGUCACCUUUCCCUUUAACCCAUCCUCCCUCGCACUUGAAACCAUCCAGAUUCCAGCCAGCCUGGGCCUGGGAUUCAUAGCACGGGUCUAAAAGUGAUGCCAAGGCACAGACAGUGACAGUCCCUUCCUGCUGAAAACAAGAACAUAAUCUUUCCAGUGAGCUACUGAAAAAACUUUUUUAAAGAGAAGAUAUGAUCUCCUAAGGAAGAGGUAGCACUAACUGAAAAUAUCCCUUUAAGAAUUUCAUCACCACGGAAAGAAAAAUAGGUUAGACUUCACUACUGCAUUUAGAUGUAUUAAAAAGACGUCAGUUCCUCAGGUGCUGUCACUAGGAAGGCACCAACCAAGAAACCCCUCUGCAUGAACCAGAAAAGUGAAAGGAAUUAAGUGUAAUACAUAUCAUUAUAGUUUAGGAGUCAGUUAUGUUGAUAUUAUCCAACGGGAUCAAAGAAAUAAACUGGCAGUAUGGAAUUUAAAAGUCAGUCCCUUACAUGUGUCACUAUGAUGCAGGGAUAUUAAGAUAAUGUUGUUUGCUGUAUUUGUACUGAAGUUUACUUCACACUUUAAAAUGCUGUGGUAUACUGUUUCUUUAAAAUAUAUGUGAUAGUUUUAUUAGAUGA